AGAUCACAGGCCCAACGCAUCCCUUUCCGGAGGGAUUUAGGAAGUCUCGGCGUUGGUCCAGGAACUACAGUCCCACCGCGCCUCACAUGGCGCAUUACCCAGCGACUCCGCUUACCCACACGUCCCCGCCCCCUCAGCCGGACAGGAAGAGGAAAUGACGAUACCUCGGACGCUCGAAACUCCACCUCUCACGCCUUCCCAGCUCCGGGAGGGGACGCGGGCUCCGGAAAGGGCGGGCAUAAGGCUACGGAUGGGCGGGACGGAGCAGCCCACCGCAAAGUGGCGGUUUACUUGAGGCGGUUACCUUAGUACUCCGAGUAGACUGAGUCUGUGGCGAGCUGCGGGCCGAUUCCUGGCCAGUGCCAUCUCAGCCGGAGCAGGCCUCGGGGCCUCAGAAGCAGGCUUUUAUCUGGCCCGAGGCUCCCAGCCGUUCGGCGCGUCUUCCCACAACCUAUACCGAUUAUUGGGACUCGGCUGCAGACACAGGAGUCACAGAUGCUGGGAAGUAUGGCCCGAAAGAAACCUCGAAAUACCUCAAGGUUGCCCCUGGCUUUAAACCCCCUGAAGAGCAAGGACGUGUUGGCAGUGCUGGCUGAGAGGAACGAGGCUAUAGUACCAGUUGGGGCAUGGGUGGAACCUGCCUCACCAGGUAGUUCGGAAAUCCCAGCAUAUACAUCAGCAUAUUUAAUUGAAGAAGAACUAAAGGAACAGCUAAGAAAAAAACAAGAAGCUUUGAAACAUUUUCAGAAACAAGUUAAAUACCGAGUAAAUCAACAAAUUAGGUUGAGAAAAAAGCAACAGCUUCAGAAGUCUUAUGAAAGAGCACAAAAAGAAGGCUCCAUAGCCAUGCAGUCUUCAGCAACACACUUAACUUCCAAAAGGACAAGUGUUUUUCCAAACAAUUUGAAUGUUGCUAUUGGAAGUUCUAGGUUACCUCCUUCCCUGAUGCCUGGGGAUGGAAUAGAGGAUGAAGAGAAUCAGAAUGAAUUAUUCCAACAACAAGCCCAGGCUCUUAGUGAAACUAUGAAACAGGCACGUCACCGGCUAGCAUCCUUUAAAACCGUGAUUAAAAAAAAGGGAUCAGUGUUUCCAGAUGAUGGAAGGAAAAGCUUUCUUACCCGAGAGGAAGUGCUUUCCAGGAAACCAGCAUCCACUGGGGUAAAUACAGGAAUAAGAGGAGAGUUGCCCAUUAAGGUCCAUCAAGGUCUUUUAGCUGCUGUACCUUACCAGAAUUAUAUGGAAAAUCAGGAACUUGACUAUGAGGAACCUGACUAUGAGGAAUCUUCAUCUCUUGUAACUGAUGAGAAAGGGAAAGAAGAUUUGUUUGGGAGAGGCCAGCAGGACCAGCAGGCUAUCCAUUCUGAAGAUAAGAACAAACCUUUCAGCAGAGUUCAGAAAGUAAAAUUCAAAAAUCCAUUAUUUGUUCUGAUGGAAGAGGAAGAACAAAAGCAGUUACAUUUUGAGGGCCUUCAGGGUAUUCUGCCAGAAGCCCAGGAUUAUUUUCCAGAAGCCCAAGGUGAUUUGCUGGAAACCCAGGGUGAUUUGACAGGAAUCCAGAGUGUUAAGCCAGAUACCCAGGCUGUUGAAAUGAAGGUUCAGGUUACUGAGCCAGAAGGCCAGGCCAUUGAGCCAGAAGGCCAGCCUAUUAAGACAGAAACUCAGGGUAUUAUGCUGAAAGCCCAGAGUAUUGAGCUAGAAGAAGGGAGUAUUGUGUUGAAAACCCAGGAUUUUCUACCCACAAAUCAGGCUCUUCUAACGAAAAACCAGGAUGUUUUACUCAAAGACCACUGUGUUCUCCCUAAAGACCAGAGUAUUCUACUCAAAUAUCAGGACCAGGACUUCCUACCCAGAGACCAGCAUGUUCUCCCCAAAGACCAAGAUAUUCUGCCAAAAUAUCAGGACCAGAAUUUUCUACCUAAGGACCAGAAUUUUUUAUCUAGAGACCAGCAUGUUCUCCCCAAAGACCAAGAUAUUCUGCCAAAAUAUCAGGACCAGAAUUUUCUACCUAAGGACCAGAAUUUUUUAUCUAGAGACCAGCAUGUUCUCCCCAAAGACCAGAAUAUUCUACCUAAAUAUCAAGACCAGGAUUUUCUACCUAAAGACCAGGACUUUUUAUCUAGAGACCAGCAUGUUCUCCCCAAAGACUGGAAUAUUCUACCCAAAUGUCAGGACCAGGAUUUUCUACCCAGAGACCAAGGUGUUCUUCCCAAAGACCAAAAUAUUCUACCCAUAUGUCAGGACCAGGAUUUUCUACCCAGAGACCAAGGUUAUCUUCCUAAAGACCAAAAUAUUCUACCCAUAUGUCAGGACCGGGAUUUUCUACCCAGAGACCUGCAUGUUCUCUCCAAUGACCAGAAUAUUCUACCCAAAUGUCAGGACCAAGAUUUUCUACCAAAAUAUCAGAAAGCAAGUCUGAAGCAGCCAACAUCCAUUUUGAUAGGUAGGAGAGGGAGAGAGGCACUUCCUCUGGAUGUCCAUCAGGAUCUUCUAUGCAGGCAUCAUCAGGCCUCCAUCAGAGGCAAGAAAGUACACUUUAAGGAGCCAUACUCUGAUAUGACAGAUGAGAAAGGGAGAGAAGACUUUUCUCUGGCAGACUAUCAGUGUUUGCCUCCCAAAUCCCAGGACCAGGAUGACAUCAAAAAUCAGCAACCUGCGUCUUUUAUGAGAGAAGAAAGAGUGAGAGAGGAAUUGCCUCUGGACUAUCAUCAAUAUGUUGUACCUAAAAUCCAGGACCAAGACUCCCCUAGAGAACAGAACAAGCAUAUCAAACUACCCUCAUCUUUUGAGAAAUGGGAGAUUGCAAGAGGAAAUACUCCUGGAGUGCCAUUGGCUUAUGAUAGGUAUCAAUCAGGAUUGAGCACUGAAUUCCAAGCUCCACUGGCAUUUCAGUCUGACGUGGAUAGAGAAGAAGAUAAGAAAGAGCGUCAAAAGCAGUACCUGAGACAUAGACGACUUUUCAUGGAUAUUGAGAGAGAACAAGUUAAAGAACAACAAAGGCAAAAAGAACAAAAGAAGAAAAUUGAAAAAAUUAAGAAAAAGAGAGAGCAAGAACGUUAUGCUGAAGAGCAGAGGAUCCUAAGAAUGAACUUUCAUGAAGAUCCAUAUUCAGGAGAGAAGUUGAGUGAGAUAUUAGCCCAGUUACAACUUCAAGAAAUAAAAGGAACCAGAGAAAAACAACAGAGAGAAAAAGAAUACCUGAGAUAUGUAGAAGCUUUACGAGCCCAAAUCCAGGAGAAAAUGCAGCUGUAUAAUAUUACUUUACCUCCACUAUGCUGUUGUGGUCCUGAUUUUUGGGAUGCUCAUCCUGAUACCUGUGCCAACAACUGUAUUUUCUAUAAAAACCACAGAGCAUAUACUCGGGCACUACAUUCAUUCAUCAAUUCCUGUGAUGUCCCUGGGGGUAAUUCAACUCUUCGAGUCGCAAUUCAUAAUUUUGCUUCUGCACACAGGCGGACUUUGAAAAAUCUAUAAUAAGAAUCUGAAAUUAACUGGUAGUAUUUUGGCUUUUACUUAAAAUCAGCCCUGAGAGAGUAUUUAAGAAAAGCUGUUCAAGUUAUAAAAUAUAUAAUCUGGAAAGAAAUACUGUCUCAUAUAAUAACUGUCUUUAUAAUUAGAUUGUAAUCAUUGUUUUAAUCUCUGUCUUGGAACCAAGAUUGAAAGCUGACUUACUUCUCUCUUCUUUCUUGUGAACCAUACGGAGCCUAUUAUUUUAAAACAUGAUCAGACAAGUAAGGCUUCUCUUACUUUGCUCUGCUCUGAUCAGAAGAGCUCAUGUGAAGUCUUUGAGAUUCUCUUAUUUAUCAUCUUUCUAAAACUGUGUUUUUGAGCUUGACAAUACUGAAAAUGUCUGGAUGAAGCAGAAAAGAAAGUGAUGAAAUGUGUUUCUGAGCAUCAGAGACCAUCUAUAUUGCCAUUACCUUUUCUAGUUGUAUAUAAGAAUUCAAGAUUAGAAGAAUUUAGAUUUGUUGCACAUUUUUUUCCUCAGCAUUUUUUCCUCUUGUUUUUUAAAAUGUAUUGCCUCUUUCCCCAUUCAGUGACACUGGACAUAGGAAUUUUUAAUUGUGUAAUUUUCUGUUGCAAAAAGGGUAAAUAAAUCCUUUGUCUUUUGAAUAUCUUCUAUGUGAAAUAAUUGUGAGUGACAUUUGAAAAAGUGAAUCUGAAGUCAAAGUGAGUAAAUUCCUUAUUUCCCUAUUUUUUUAAAAAUCUGGUAUAUGACAUGGCUACAGGGCAAAUGAAAUAAAAAUUGCCAUAGUUGGUAUGAA